AUGCCUUCAGCACUCCACGUCAAGAGAGCCCCACGGGGAGUUCCAAAAGCACAGAGGGAAACAGUCGUCAAGAACCCAAAGUUUGUGGCCAUGGAGAAGGAUCAAUUGAUGGAAAUGAGCAAUUUAUUUGCUCAAAGAAACAAGAGCAGAGGUGAACAACGAGACAAGAUUCAGAAGGCAAUCAACUUGAAAGUAGCCUCGUGGAACGAUAAUGUUCUACUAGGCAAAACAAAGUUUGAUCUCCAUGGAAUGACUCCGGAUGCAGCUGUCGACUUUGUUUUGGAGAAAAUCAAAAAGAAGGGAAACUAUGGAGAGUUAACUCUUAUCACCUACCGAGAGAAACACUCGACGAGAGGGAUUCCCAGAAUCAAGAUGAUGUUAGUGGACAAGUUCACUGGCAGAAGCAGAUGCUCGAUCAAAGAAGAAGUCGGAAAUCCUGGACGGCUGGUAUUGAAUCUCUGGUAA